AUGCCUUCUCAAGAUACCUCCGCCCCGCUCAAGCCCCGGACCCGAGCCAAACAGGCGUGUCUCCACUGCAACCGCCGCCGCAUCCGCUGCAACGUCCAGGAGACGCGCCCGUGCCACAACUGCAUUGUCACAAAUGUUCCCUGCGCGCUUGGCGUGUCGAAACGGGGGAAGUACCGGCGCAAGAAAACUGUCAGAGACGGUCCCAAGACCGCGACGCCUUUGCAUACACCUGCGCCUUCGUCCCACAUCCCCAACAAAAAAGUAUCCUUGUCACUAGCAAACGACCAGCACAGUCUAGCACGGAGGCAUCCUCUCGGCAGUUCUACGGCCCCGCUAAUAUCCGAGCAAGCAGACUACACCCACCAGACCGUCUUCCUGGGCGAGUCCAGCCCCCUCACCGUCGUUGUUGACGAGGGUCGCCACUCAUCACCGAACACAUCCACCACCACCACAACCACAACCACCACCAUCCCACAAACCCGUCUCUGCUACCCCAUACCCGGGCGCGCAAAUGUCUCGAGCGCGCGCGACGAAGCCCUCCGCGCCCGCAAGCUGCGAAUGGAGCAUCACCUUCAAGCCGACGGCGCAUUCUCCUUCCCCCCACCAAGUACCUGUGCACUCCUGCUACAAGCGUACUUCAACUGGUUCCACCCGUGCUUCCCCAUUCUCGACCGGGCGGAUGUGCAGCAUUUGUACCUCCGGGGUACCCUCUCGCCCUUGCUGUUGCACGCAAUGCUGUUCAUCGGUGUGAGUCUCUGCCCCGACGAUGCCUUGGCCCGGACGGAAUUCGUGGAUCGUCACUCGGCCAAGUUCCUAUUCUACAGUCGCGCGAAAGCACUCUAUGGUGAGGACUGGGAAGGAGACAAGACAGUGAAGCUGCAGACGUUGUUUCUGCUCAGCUUCUGGCGGGGAGGGCCGUCCGAGGAGCGGGAUGUCAGGUUCUGGUUGGGGAUCGCGAUCAGUCUGGCGCAGAAGCGGGGGAUGCAUGUGAUGGCAAAAUUCUCGCUUCGGUCGGCCAAGGAAGAGAGGCUUUGGAAGCGGAUUUGGUGGGCGCUUUAUACACGCGAUCAGCAGAGUGCCGCCGCCCUGGGUCUGCCGCCGCGCAUCCGAGACGAGGAUUGUGAUGUCGCUAUGCUUGCGCCGGAUGAUUUUCGGGAGACCGAGGUGCUGGAUGACACGUCUGUGUUCGGGGUGCAACUGGUGGGAGAUGUGGAGUAUCCGGUGGAAAUGGCCAAGCUUGCGAGAAUACUCCGCACGAUUGUUGCAACGCAGUACUCGCCCACGCCAACUUUAGCCAGCCAGGAGACUCGAAAAGACCUGCAUCGGCAGCUGAUUGAAUGGGAAUCGAGUAUCCCGGCGGAGCUGAGGCAGGAUAGUGCGGUGACUCCGCGGGCAAAAUUCCUCGCGGGACUGAUACAUAUGACUUACAAUAACCUGUAUAUCCUCCUUUACCGACCACUUUUCCUUCACUCUCCGGAGAAAGGCACGGGGGGAGAGGGUCAGAUUGCUGUCGACGCUGCCACGCGAAGCACGAGGAUCGUCGAAGACAUGCUGUCGCACAACGUCGUGCAGCACGGGCCGACUCAUUUAAUCACGCACGUCUUCUCAACAUUGUGCAUCCACACUCUCCAAUUCCGGAGAGAGACAGGGACUGGUCGCCAACUAGCCGAACACCGCGCAAGACUCUGUCUGCUGGGUCUGCAGGAGCUGCAAAAGUCGUGGGACUUGGAGAAUUGGGUCCUUGAGCUCUUCUUUCGGUGUCUAGACAAUAGCACGGCCCGCACUUUGCGGUUGAUGGAGUGCGGCAAGCCUGCAGCCAUUACUACACCUGAUGAGGACGAGGUUAGUGACAAGAACAGGGGCAAUGCGCCAUUGGAUAUGCAUCUUGAGGGGAAUGUGGCUGUACCACCCGUUCUGCAGGCUGAUGCAUCAUAUUCGAUCCAACUGUCGUUGAAUCUGCCGAACGAGGAUGAUUUUUUGCAGGACGGGGACGAGUUGUAUAAUGUCAGCGUCAGCGCGGGCCAUACAGAUCAUAUGUGGUCGCCGUCCCACGAUUCGACGAUUAGUCUGGAAAAUCUUGAGUAUCUGUAUCGAUUCCUCUAG